AUGCAGCACCAGCACCAGCAGGCUGGGCAGCCGCCGCCGCCGCCGCCGCCGGGGUCAGCGCCUCCGGCGGCCUCGUCGUCGAUGCGGCCGCAGCACCGAGCUCCCGGCAGCUUCUCCCCCUUGCCGAACGGAGGAGCCACGAGCCCGUCCGUCCAGGCCUCGUCGGCCGCCUUCUCCUCCUACCACAACCAGCAGCAGCAGCAACAGCAGCAGCAGCAUCAGCCGUCCGGACCCCCGCGCCCGCCCCCCUUGCGCAUCGACUCCUCGGGCAGCGACGAUAGCAGCGCCGCCGCCUCCUCCGCCCUUGGCGUCUCCAAGACGCGACAGCAGCAGCAUCGCGUCGACUCCCCGGCCACGCCGAUAUACAGCCAGUUUGCCAGCUCGACCAGCUCCGCCAGCCUGCAGCCCCAGCAGCAGCAGCAGCAGCAACACCACCACCACCUCAACUUCUCCCGCCCUGCGGCUGCCGCUGGCGCGCGACUAGUGACGCCUAGCCUGUCCGCGGCGCCGCUGCUCAAGGGCCACUCGAGGAAGCACUCGGCCACGCAGGGCCUCUUCGACUCGACCCUGCCGUCGACGUCCACCUCGAACCUGUCCCAGCUGAGCAUGGCCCAGUCGAGCCAGGCGGCGGCGGCGGCAGCAGCAGCGGCCGCGACCUCCAACAGCUCCUCCCUGUCCGCCAGCCAGAUGGCGGCCAAGGCGGCCGUCAUGUCCCACCAAAACACAUCGCACGUGCGCCAGCGAUCUCAAACGGUCCCCUUCCCCGGCGGCGAGCCCAACGACGCCGGGCAGAGACGCGGCAGCGGCCAAAACGGCGGCGGCGUCGCUGGCGGCAAAGGCCCAAUGAGCCCCCCGAUGCUGAGCCUCACCGAGGCGAGCGCGCCUCGCGACUCCUACUUUGCGACCGCCGCCGCCGCAAAUCAUCACCAACAACACCAGGACCGGCACGUCUCGCACUCCCCCGCCGCCACCGCGGCCGCCAACGUUGUCUUCCCUCGAUCUGGCCACAACUCGCCCAGAGAGAAAUCCGUGUCGCCGCAGCCCUUCCCGCCGAUGCCCCAGAUCCCUCCCCCCGUGCCGGAGAAGGAGAAGCCGCUCCCCAAGCCGGAAAAGUCAAAGGUGAAGCUCUUCUCGCGGCCGAGCAAGAUCAGCAUCAGCAAGGGCGACGCAAAGGACAAGCCCCUCCCCAGCCCCGGCAAGAUUGGCAGCGCCCUCUCCGUCCUCCAGCGCGGCAACUUUAGCACGAGCAGCCUGGUCGACCCCCCGAACCCGUCCCUCUACAGCCUCAACAACUCGUCGUCGGCGACGAUCCGGCCGAUCGACUCCCUGACCGAGGACAAGGGCAAGGAGAAGGAGAAGAAGCAUCACUUCCUUUCGCGGCAGAAGCAAAAGCUCAAGGAUGAAUACCACCUGCCGCUGUCGUCGGCGGCAAGCAACUCCAAGCCGACAGACCCCAAUGCGCCCAGCAGCCUGUACAACUUCAACGUCCCCGCCAGCCCCGCCCCAGGAGGCUCCAGCUUCGUCAAGGCCAAGAAGGACAAGAAGCUGGCGGAGCGGUCCGACAGUCGCAUGGACACGGAGUCGCCCUUUGGCCUGCAGGGAGACGGAGCCCUGCCGUCCCUGUCCCAGCAGUCGACGCUGUACGACCCCGUCGACCCGGGGAGGCUCGGGCUGCAGAACCACGUGUCUCUGGACGACGCGUGGCCCUACCUCAAGGCCAAGCUGCUGGUCAUCUUCGAGGGCGAGGACCUCCGCCUCCCCGUGGAGGACUUCAACCGCGUGGUGCAGAUGCACAUCAAGUGGUGCAUCCACAAGAGGUCCCCAAACGCCAUGGUCGACGACAUGCGAGACCUCCUCGCCACCGGCUUCUCGUCGCUCGACCGCACGCUGCGCCUGACGCCCGAGGACCGCUUCGUGCCGACCCUCGUCGAGCUGUGGCUCUUCACAUUUACCUCGAUCCUGCCGUACAUGCAGUCCGUCUUUCUGCCGCUCGAUCUCGAGGUCUCGGGCCGCGGCAUCAUCAUGACGCCGGAGCAGGCCCGCGACUUUUGGGGCGGCAUUGUUACGGCGGCGGCCCCCUCGACGGCGGGGCGGCCGCCCGCGCGCGUCGCCCCCGCGGGCAGCGUCCUCGACGUCCGGCGCCUGGUCCUGACGGCGUUCCGCGACAUCGUCAUCCUGCCCCGCUACGACACGCUCAAGAACAUGUUCUCGCGCCUGUCGCUCGAGUUCCUGCCCUCGCUCGCCUCGCCGCCCCCGCUCGGCGACGCCAACCUUGGCAACCUGUCCUCCUCGCCCUCCGAGUCCUUCACUAGCAUGGCCCGCCCCGGCACCGCCAUGUCGCUCGACCCCUCGGUCGGCUCCUACAACUCGACGAGCACCACCCUCCUCGGCGACGGCUCCGAGCGCGGCCGCAGCCGCGCCGUCAGCAACGUCAGCUUCGGUAGCCACGGGAGCGACGGCGUCGCUGGCGGCGGCGGCGUGCGGCCCUACACCCCCUCGGGCGGCGGCGUCGUCCAGGUCCUCAGCAGCGUGCGCGAGCAAAACGUCGAGGACUCCAAGCAGGUGACCGACAUGGUCGGCCGCAUGCUGCAGUGCAUGAGCGUGCUGUCGGGCCUGGGCAGCGUGGGCGGCGACGCCGACGACGAGGGCAACCGCAAGGUCGUCGAGCUCUGCAAGAUGCUCAAGCUCAACUGGCUGGGCAGGGGCAGGACGGGCCGCAACCGGAGGGGCAUCGUGGGCGGACGCGUGAGGCGCGACGACCUGAGGGAGGAGGUGCGGGUGAUUUAA